AUGGCUGAGCAAGCUGUCGCCCGUCUCGCCGGCAUCGAUGUCGGCGCUCCGGCGCAUCCUAUCCCCAGUGCGGAUUUCGGCCUCAUCGGUCUGGCCGUCAUGGGCCAGAACCUGAUCCUCAAUGCUGCCGACCACGGCUUCACCGUUUGCGCCUUCAACCGCACAACCUCCAAGGUCGACCGCUUUUUGGCCAACGAGGCCAAGGGCAAGUCUAUUAUCGGCGCCCACUCCAUCCAGGAGCUGUGCUCCAAGCUCAAGCGCCCCCGCCGCGUCAUGCUGCUGGUGAUGGCUGGAAAGCCCGUCGAUGACUUCAUCGAGGCUCUCCUGCCGUUCCUGGAGAAGGGCGACAUCAUUAUCGACGGUGGUAACUCUCACUACCCCGACAGCAACCGCCGCACCAAGUACCUGUCCGAGAAGGGCAUCAACUUCGUCGGCAGCGGUGUCUCGGGUGGUGAGGAAGGUGCCCGCUAUGGUCCCUCCCUCAUGCCCGGUGGUAACGAGGCCGCCUGGCCCCACAUCAAGGACAUCUUCCAAAGCAUUGCGGCCAAGAGCGACGGCGAGCCCUGCUGCGACUGGGUCGGUGACGAGGGUGCCGGUCACUACGUCAAGAUGGUCCACAACGGUAUUGAGUACGGCGAUAUGCAGCUGAUUUGCGAGGCCUACGAUAUCUUGAAGCGCGGUCUGGGCCUGUCCUGCAAGGAGAUCGGCGAUGUUUUCGCCAAGUGGAACACCGGUGUCCUGGACUCCUUCCUGAUUGAGAUCACCCGUGAUGUCCUCUACUACAACGACAAUGACGGCACUGCGCUCGUGGAGAAGAUCCUCGACAAGGCCGGCCAGAAGGGUACCGGCAAGUGGACCGCCAUUAACGCUCUGGACCUUGGCAUGCCCGUGACUCUGAUCGGCGAGGCCGUCUUCGCCCGUUGUCUUUCGGCCCUCAAGGAUGAGCGUGUCCGCGCCAACAAGAUCCUCGGUGGCCCUACCCCCAACUUCACUGGCGACAAGCAGGCUUUCAUCGACGACCUGGAGCAAGCCCUGUACGCCUCGAAGAUCAUCUCCUACGCCCAGGGCUUCAUGCUUAUCCAGGAUGCCGCCAAGGAGUACAACUGGAAGCUGAACAAGCCCUCGAUUGCCCUCAUGUGGCGCGGUGGCUGCAUUAUCCGCUCCGUCUUCCUGAAGGACAUCACCAACGCCUACCGCACUAACCCCGACCUCGAGAACCUUCUGUUCGACGAUUUCUUCAACAAGGCUAUCCACAAGGCCCAGGAUGGCUGGCGUAAUGUGGUCAGCAAGUCCGCCCUCUGGGGUAUCCCUCUGCCGGCCUUCACCACCGCUCUGAGCUUCUACGAUGGCUACCGCACCAAGGACCUGCCCGCCAACCUGCUGCAGGCCCAGCGUGACUACUUCGGUGCCCACACUUUCCGCAUCAAGCCCGAGUGCGCCAAUGACAACUUCCCCGAGGGCAAGGACAUCCACGUCAACUGGACAGGCCGUGGCGGUGAUGUGUCGGCCUCGACCUAUGUGGCAUAA